GUGUUCCUUAAGUUGGUAAACAUGAUGAGGCAACAUUUUAGAGGUGAUUUUAUUACAUUAUUCAAUAUUUGUCCUCAAAUUAUUAUUAUUUUAUAUAUUUUGUUAACUUAUUUCCAUAUUUUCAUUUAAUUGUAUGUUUUAACUUAUUUGUGCUUAUAUAUAUUAAUUUGACUUAUUUAUGCUGAAACUUACUCCAGAAUCAGGCCAAAAUAAAAAAAAAAAUUAAACUUCAUCAGAACAAGGGUGGCAAAGAAAAUAACCAGGCAAAGAAAACGAUGGCGCCAGUACUCUCUAUUCCUGAAAAUGUUCAGAAGCUAUGGGACACAUGGAGUAUUAGAGUUUUCAUCAUUAUAAGCUUCUCUGUGCAGGCCCUCUUACUUCUGCUUGCAACGUUUAGACAGAGAAUUCGCAGUUGGUGGAGAAAAUUGUUUAUUUGGGUUCUGUACUUGUUUGCGGAUUGGGUUGCUGUAUCUACCAUCGGAUUCAUCGUCCAGCACAAAAGUUCCACAAUGGACGGCCCUCCGAGUGACAUCUUGGCUUUCUGGGCACCCUUUCUCUUGUUGCACCUCGGCGGUCCGGACAGCAUUACCUCUUAUUCUCUAGAGGAUAAUAAGUUAUGGCAAAGAUACUUGCUUAAGCUGGUGCUACAGCUGGGUUUUACCGUCUAUGCCAUUUUAACGUCCCUCUCAAGGCACGAGCUUUGGUUGGCAACUCUCGUGUUAUUUGCUGGCGUGGUAAAAUACGUUGAGCGAAAUGUUGCUCUUCGUUAUGCAAGUUUAGACCACUUCGGAGAAAAAUGGGAGGCAACUAAUGCUACAGAUGGAAUUCCCAUUCCAGUACAAUUCAAAGGCGUGAAGAACAACGGAGGGAUAUUACAAACUGCAGUUCUACUCCUUGGCAGUUUAAAGAGUGUAAUCAUUGGCCCUGCUCCAAAGGAAAAAGAACAAAAGGAAAUCACAAGUAUUUUUAAUCGUGGCCGAAGUCGUUGUGAUGCCGCUGUUGCGCUUCAAAUAAUUGAGAUUGAGCUAAGCCUCUUGUAUGAGCUUCUUCACACCAAGUUGCCUGUGAUUACUUCAGCUAUUGGAUUCAUUUUCCGUAUUGGCAGUGUCAGUUGCAUCUUGGUAGCCUUGCUUUCAUUCUCAUUAGUUAAGAAGCACUACCAGUUGGGGUUGGUUGACGUUUUGCUAACCUAUGGGUUGCUGAUUGGCACCUUGGCGUUGGAUUUCUUGUCUAUCAUAUUAUUCAUCAAAUGCUCCGAUUGGUUUGCCGCUACUCGCCUCCAAGAUCAGUACGACUUGCCUAAUGCAUUUAUCAAUAGGCGCAGGUGGUGUAAAAAAGUUUCCCAGUUAAAUUUUUUAACGUAUCAUGUGAAAGAUUGUCCAGGUUGGUUGAAAAAGCUAGAUGAACACUGCAUGUGGAGCUUGUUGGAAUACAUAAACAUUCAUUUCCGAUGUUCGUAUGACCAAAAUUUCCAGGACCCACUCUGGCGAUUCAUUUGGAUUGAAUUGUUGGAAAAAUGUAAAGAGACGAAGUAUAGGAAAGAGCAAGGAACUUGGUUGUCAAAAAAUGAAUUUAAAGCUCUUCUUGAGCGGGCUUCCGAAGGGAAAUCAGCCGAGAAAUUGAUGGACCAGUUCAUUUACAAAUUUGAAAGUUUCUCACGAACCCUCCUAGUGUGGCAUAUAGGCACUGAAUUAUGCUUCCAAGACGACAAUGACCAAUGCAGGCAUGAGUCUGAGGGAACUGAUGACAGAUCAAUAUGCAAGCUACUUUCAGAUUACAUGUUUUACCUUGCAGUAGGCGUGCAGCCCAGCAUGAUGGCCACUGUAUUGGAUGAUUGGAAGAAGGAAUUUGAAGAAAUUUGUGAGCAGACUCGGCGAUUAGUACCCUGGAGUUUUUUCGCGGAUGAGAAGACUGCCCGCAAAAAGAUCUUGUGCCGGUUCAAGAAAGGAAAAGUGGGAAAUUGCCCAUUAUCUGUUGCAGUUGAUCUUGCCUGCUGGCUCAAGAAGGAGAAGCAGGAGGGGGGUUAUGAUUAUUCGUGGAAGUUAAUGAGCACAGUUUGGGUACAUUUAAUGUUCUAUGCUGCUGUUACUUGCAGCUCAUAUGUCCAUGCACAGCAACCAAGUCAGGGUGGAGAACUUCUCACUUUCGUUUGGCUGUCGCUGAAUCAUUUGGGUCUUGGAAGGAAAUACAAAAUGUUGAAAGAAGAGUUGGAGCAUCCUCUCAUCCCACCGCCGGCACCAAAACCGCCGCCGCCGCCACCACCGCCGCCGCAACCACCACCGCCGUGGCCAUAUGUGGAUGAGGAAGAGCAUACGUAUAGAGGAAGGCUACGAUUAGAAAUACAUAUGGGUUCCCUAUGAGGUGUGUUUAUUAUCUCUAUUAUCGUUGUUAAACUUAUUAAAGUUUUUAUUUUUUA